GGCGCCCACCCUUCCCCAAUCCCCCACCCGCAACCUCCUCACUCGACCAGGUCACUCAGAGAAGCUCAACGGCUCAUCCAUCCAUCCAUCCAUCCCGUCUCUCGCCUACGUUGAGCCCACCAGCACGAGCAAGAAACCACUGAACACUAGCGGGGCACCAUGCUCGGCAUCCGCAUCCUCUGCGGCGCGCCACCGGCCACCGCCUCGGCACCGCCGCCGAGGGGCCGCUGCAGCGCGCCGGAGAAGAGCGGCCGGGCGUUCCUGCUGGGCGUCCCCGCGGCCGUCUCCCUCUCGCUCGUCCUCUGGUCCACCCCAGUGAGCGCCGGCAUCCUGUCAGGGUCCACCGGGCUGGAGUCGGUUCCAGCGCCCCCGAUGCCCCGGCUCGAGUUCCUGGACAAAUGGAAUGCGGAGAACCAGAGGAAGUACGCGGAGAAUGACUCGAGGUUCAAGUCCUCCAAGGUGCUCAAGGAGCUGCUCGAGAGGUCCAAGCAGAACAAAGAAAAGAACGAGAGGGAGAUCCAGGACAAGUACUGCCUGCGGGGCGCCGAGUGGGGCGUCGGCGACUGCUCCACGGUGGGGAUGACGGACCAGGAGAAGGAGGACUUCAUCACGGAGCUCAAGAAGAGAGUUGGGGAAUGAACAGACCACGCUGCAGCAUCCGACUCAAUUGCUCGCCGGAAACAGAGUUCUGGCACUGCGGAGCUGCUUCUUGCCACAGCGGCAGGAUGUCGUGGUAGCAUAGUUACUAGAGAAAGAGAGAUUUGAUUUGAGUGGGAAAUGAACAGUGGGCAAACACACAAUCUAGUUCAGAAUUGCAGAGAAUGGCGUUUUGGCUCUCGGCCUUGAUGGAGGCCGAUUUUUUGAAAAAAUUCAAAUUCAAAAAUUUCGGUUUCAAAAAAAUAUGACAAAAAUUGUACCAAGUAAACAACAAUGUGAAGCAUAUGUGUGUAAAAUUUCAGGAUGAAAUAGUUGAAAUGCGACAUGUACAAAAAUGACAACAUGAUCUGGGAGGAUGAAUAGUAUCAUGUUUUAUUAA